AUGCCGAAGGAUUUGCCACCGUUUAGAGGGGAUCCUGAGGACUGGCCCCUAUUCUACAGUGCGUACCUCAACUCCACUACGGCGUGUGGCUAUACCGAUGUGGAGAAUCUGGCGAGAAUCCAGCGUGCUUUGCAAGCAUCUGACGACACCGUUAUUGCUGAUACCAAUUUGGCAAAGUCGAACAAGAGUGAUAAGGCGCGGGAAAGGAACUACCUAAACGCUCAUUCGGCGGAAGAUUUAACGAAGAAACAUCAAUCGUCGAAGCAGGAGUUACCUUCGCCGGUCUUGUGUUUAGCGUGUGAGGAACCACAGGUAAAGGAUUGUACGAUCUACAAGAAGAUGGAUGCGGAACAUCACUGGAUAAUCACCUCUGCCGCACGUGCCUUGAACAAUAUCACUAAAGAAGAACCGAAAUCAACAGGCACUGCAGGUGAAACCAGUGAGCGGGUGAAUGCACAUCACAACCCAAAGCAAUCCGUUCUGUUCAAAUUUCUUCCCGUGCGGUUGUUCUGGAAGGGAAAGUCGGUGGAAACGUUCGCGUUUUUGGACGAUGGUUCGAACAUGACUCUGGUAGAGGACUGGGUAGCUAAACGUUUGGGAAUCGAUGAUGGCGAGGAUCUACCGCUGUGUAUGAGCUGGACAAGCAACGUCACUCGCUACGAACCAAAAUCUCAACGAGUUUCGGUCGAGAUAAGUGGUGUCUCACAGUCUGGGAAGUUCAUGCUAAAUGACACCCGCACGGUGAAAAAUCUCAGUCUACCUCGGCAGUCGCUGAACUACGAGGAGUUGGUUCACCAACACUCACACUUGAAGGGAUUGCCUCUUAGUAGCUACGAAUCAGUUUCCCCUGGAAUACUAAUCGGUUCCAAAAAUGCCAGUUUGAUAGCGGCUCUGAAAGUAAAAGAGGGUCAACUGGGCGACCCUAUCGCCAGCAAAACUCGGCUGGGUUGGACGCUGUCAGGGAUGGCAGAGGAAGGCGACAGCUCGGUCAAGGUGAGCCUUCACAUCUGUGCGCGUUCGCAAGAAGACGAGCUACACGAUAUGGUGAAAAAAUUCUUCUCUGUGGAUAGCGUAGGAGUUGCGGCUGACAAAGGUCCAGAGUCCAAUGACGACAAGUGUGCUCGUUCUAUUUUGGAGCGGACAACCAGGCGAGUCGAUAACCAAUACGAAACAGGCCUUCUAUGGCGUUACGAUCACUUCAAAUUUCCCGAUAGCUUCGGUAUGGCGAAGCGGCGCUUGGAAUGCUUUGAGAGGCGGAUGAAAGCUGAUCCAGAACUUCGUGAAAGCGUUCAUCGACAGAUCGACGAAUAUUUGCAGAGCGGCUAUAUACACCUGACGACCCCGGAAGAGUUGAAGUCUGCGAAUUCCGAUAGAGUUUGGUAUCUACCAUUAGGAGCAGUUCGAAACCCGAAAAAACCAGGGAAAAUUCGUCUCAUCUGGGACGCUGCGGCGAAGGCAGGAGGUGUCUCCUUCAACAGUAUGCUUCUAAAAGGUCCCGAUCUUCUAACACCAUUGUUGACAGUCGUAUUCGGGUUCCGUGAGCGAAAGGUUGCGAGGUUCCUGUUCCGGAAGGAUCCCUCGCAUCCAAUCCAAGUGUACAUAAUGGAUGUAGGGACUUUUAGAUCUACCUGUUCACCGAGCCAGGCCCAGUUCAUUAAAAACAUGAAUGCCGAGGAACACAAGGAAACCUUCCCCAGAGCGGCCGCAGCAAUCCAGCUUUCCAUGCUCGGUAAUGGCGGCUUGUUUGUAUGA